ACCAGCAAAGCGACCUCCACACGAGAUAAUGGCAGGGGGUGGUUGUUAGUACAACGAAACUCAAUGACACCGACGGGAAGAAUAUGUCAUCUCAGGAAAUGGAUGUAAGACAUAUACACCGACAAUCUGAUGAUCUGAAAGAAUCGAAUGGACUCAAAGAUAAAGACCCCGACUGCCAAAAUGGUUCGGAGACAGAGGACGAACCUUUACUCCGAGAAAACCCCAGACGGUUCGUCGUCUUCCCCAUCAAGUACACCGACAUGUGGAAAAUGUACAAGCAAGCACAGGCCUCUUUCUGGACGGUGGAGGAGGUUGACCUAUCCAAAGACUUGGCACACUGGGAACGUUUGAAACCUGAGGAGAAACACUUCAUCUCCCAUGUUCUCGCCUUCUUUGCUGCAAGCGAUGGUAUCGUCAACGAGAACCUGGUGCAGAGGUUCUGCCAGGAGGUGCAGGUCCCUGAAGCCCGCUCCUUCUACAGCUUCCAGAUCCUUAUAGAGACUGUUCAUUCAGAGAUGUACAGCAUGCUCAUAAACACUUACAUCAGAGACCUGAAAGAGAGGGACUACUUGUUUAACGCCAUUCAGACUAUGCCUUGUGUGAGACGAAAAGCAGACUGGGCCCUCCAGUGGAUAAAUGACAACAAAUCCACAUUUGGGGAGCGAAUUGUGGCUUUUGCAGCAGUGGAGGGAAUCUUCUUCUCCGGCUCAUUCGCUUCUAUCUAUUGGCUCAAGAAGAGGGGACUAAUGCCUGGCCUUACCUACUCCAACGAGCUCAUUAGCAGGGAUGAGGGCCUGCACUGUAACUUUGCCUGCCUGCUGUACAGCUACCUGGUGAAGAAACCAUCAGAGGACCGUGUGAAGGACAUCAUCACCAAAGCUGUUAGCAUUGAGCAGGAGUUUUUGACAGAGGCAUUGCCAGUAGAUCUCAUUGGAAUGAACUGUUGUCUGAUGAAGCAGUACAUUGAGUUUGUUGCCGACCGGCUUCUUGCUGACCUCGGACUGGCCAAGGUGUACAAAGCUGAAAAUCCAUUUGACUUCAUGGAAUCCAUUUCGCUAGAGGGGAAAACCAACUUCUUUGAGAAACGAGUAGCUGAGUAUCAGAAAUUUGGAGUCAUGUCAAGCAUGAUGGACUGUGAAUUCACUCUGGAUGCAGAAUUCUGAACCUGAACUGAUAUGUGGUUGCAUAUUUGUUACAUUUGACCUAUUUAUUUAUUUUGUUUAAGCAGUUCUUUACAAAAAAAUGGGCGUCUUACACCUUGUUCCAAUGCUAUCACAGUAUUUUGCAGGACAAGAAACUCUUGACAGAUUUAAAUUUCAGUUUUUUAGCAGACAUGUGCAGCUUUUAGGCAAGGAGUAUUGAGAAUUACACUUUAAGUUCAUUAACAGUCAAUAUAUAAUUUGCAGAGUGGAACAGGGUGAAAAAAUUGACAUUUUAUGGCUGUUUCUCACCUCAUCAUACUGCAGAGAGGCCUAUGAAAAGGUUAAACAUGAAUAAUGAAUGAGGUGACAUGAUUAUUCUGUUUACUGAAGAUGGUUAAUAUCUACACUGUAUUUUAUUGCACUUCCUGCUGCUGUCUUCUAAUGUGAAUUGUUUUAACAUUUUGUCAUUUUUAAUGUACAAUAAAAUGUUUAGUAAA